GUGAAGGAAGGCGGGGAGUGGGGAGGAAUAGCCAGAGUUAGAAACAUAUUGAAGGGAUAGCUACGGUUGUGAAAGUCAAGUCGCAGUUCUCGUUUCUUUUCUACUUAGGAUUUGUCCCAAUUGGCCUAGUAACGCUACAAUUCAGUCUUUUCUGCGCAUGUCAAGGACUUUUGUCCCUCGGCGGACACCGUUGCCAGCCAAAGCUAUGUCUGCGCGCUCGCCACUUUGGUAGGGAGCCGAAUUCUACCUUUUCCACCCGUGCCAUGGCGAGCCGAGGGGCUCGUCAGCGCCUGAAGGGGAGCGGGGGCAGCGGCGGGGACACGGUUUCGGCCGCCGACAAGCUGCGGGAGCUGCUGUGCAGCCGGGAGGCGAGCGGCGCGGAGCCACGGACCGAGUUGUCUGGGAACAAAGCAGGACAAGUCUGGGCACCUGAGGGAUCUACUGCUUUCAAGUGUCUGCUCUCAGCAAGGUUAUGUGCUGCUCUCUUAAGCAACAUCUCUGACUGCGAUGAAACCUUCAACUACUGGGAACCAACACACUACCUCAUCUAUGGGAAGGGGUUUCAGACUUGGGAGUAUUCCCCUGUUUAUGCAAUUCGCUCCUAUGCCUACCUGUUGCUUCAUGCCUGGCCAGCUGCAUUUCAUGCAAGAAUCCUACAAACUAAUAAGAUUCUUGUCUUUUACUUUUUACGAUGUCUCCUGGCUUUUGUGAGCUGUAUCUGUGAACUUUACUUUUACAAGGCUGUGUGCAAGAAGUUUGGGCUGCAUGUGAGUCGGAUGAUGCUAGCCUUCUUGGUUCUUAGCACUGGCAUGUUUUGCUCAUCGUCAGCGCUCCUUCCUAGCAGCUUCUGUAUGUACACCACGCUGGUAGCCAUGACUGGCUGGUAUUUGGACAAGACUUCCAUUGCUGUGCUUGGAGUGGCAGCUGGGGCUAUCUUGGGCUGGCCAUUCAGUGCUGCCCUUGGUUUACCCAUUGCCUUUGAUUUGCUGGUCAUGAAACACAGGUGGAAGAGUUUCUUUCAUUGGUCUCUGGUGGCCCUAAUACUCUUUCUGGUGCCUGUGGUGGUCAUUGACAGCUACUACUACGGGAAGCUGGUGGUGGCACCGCUGAACAUUGUUUUGUACAAUGUCUUUACUCCUCAUGGACCUGAUCUUUAUGGUACAGAACCCUGGUAUUUCUAUUUAAUUAACGGAUUUCUUAAUUUUAACGUAGCCUUUGCUUUGGCUCUUCUGGUCCUACCACUGACUUCUUUGAUGGAGUACCUACUGCAGAGGUUUCAUGUUCAGAAUUUAGGCCACCCGUAUUGGCUUACCUUGGCUCCAAUGUAUAUUUGGUUUAUAAUUUUCUUCAUCCAGCCUCACAAAGAGGAGAGAUUUCUUUUCCCUGUGUAUCCACUUAUAUGUCUCUGUGGUGCUGUGGCCCUUUCUGCACUUCAGAAAUGUUACCACUUCGUGUUUCAGCGAUACCGUCUGGAGCAUUACACUGUGACGUCAAACUGGCUGGCGUCAGGAACGCUCUUCCUGUUCGGGCUCCUGUCCUUUUCCCGCUCUGUGGCACUGUUCAAAGGGUAUCAUGGGCCCCUUGAUUUGUAUCCAGAAUUUUACCGAAUUGCCACGGACCCAACCAUCCACACUGUCCCAGAAGGCAGGCCUGUGAAUGUCUGUGUAGGGAAGGAGUGGUAUCGAUUUCCCAGUAGCUUCCUUCUGCCUGAUAAUUGGCAGCUUCAGUUCAUUCCAUCAGAGUUCAGGGGCCAGUUACCAAAACCUUUUGCCGAGGGACCACUGGCCACCCGGAUUGUUCCUACUGACAUGAAUGACCAGAACCUGGAGGAGCCAUCCAGAUACAUUGACAUCAGUAAAUGCCAUUAUUUAGUGGAUUUGGACACGAUGAGAGAAACACCCCGGGAGCCAAAAUACUCAUCGAAUAGAGAAGAAUGGAUCAGCUUGGCCUACAGACCAUUCCUUGAUGCUUCUAGAUCUUCAAAGUUGCUGCGGGCAUUCUAUGUCCCCUUCCUGUCAGAUCAGUAUACAGCGUAUGCAAACUACACCAUCCUCAAACCCCGGAAAGCAAAGCAAAUCAGGAAGAAAAGUGGAGGUACAUCUUUAGUGAGAGCACAAUACAUUGUGGAACACUGUGCCAAAUGCUGUGGGUAAGGGACGUAAAAACGAAUGUUGUUCAUUUUGAAAAUGAGUAUUUUUCAUGUGAUGUUAUAUAAACACAUUUUUGAAAAGUCUCCAUCUCAGCAAUACAGGGAAGCCAGCUUUGCCUGGGAAAAAGAGUUUCAAAACACCUGGUCAGACAACUAUUUCUCCUCCAGAGGAUCUGUGUUUAGCAUGAGCUAACUGCUCUGCUCACUUUAAGGAUAAAGUAUCUGAGGUACUUGUCUUUUCACAGAUGGUUGUGUAUUGAGAAAUAUGGAGGACUUUGUUUAUUAUUCGUAAUAAACUUUGAUUAUGGAGCUAAAUGAGGGAGUAGGUGUACUUGACCAUUUCAGGGCUUUCUGAUCUCUAAAUUUUAUUUAUUUAUUUUUUAGUAAUCUGUAUGUGGGUCUCAAACUCCCAGCCCCAGCACCAAGAGUCACAUGGUCUUCCCACUGAGCCAGCCAGGCGCUCCCCCGACCUCUUGAUCUUAAGCAGCCUUAUCUGAACCCCAGAUCUUACAACACUGAGUCCCAUUACUGAACCAGACAGUGUGUUAGGCAUCUAUUAUCAAAGUGUACCUGGCACCUGAUGGCUGUCAUCUGAUAAAACAGAAGACUAGUCAUUUUAAUCUCUUGGGAUAAUCACAGAAAAUGGGAGCCCAUACUCUUUAUUAUUGAAUUCAAGUUUAGAAACAUUGUUUUAAAUCAGGGUGGUUCUUGAUCUCAACCAUUUACUUGGGACAUUUUUGCUGGUUUGGAGUUCUGGGAAAGAACCUUAAAAACUCAUGUGGUUUUGUAGCAUUAUUACAUCUGGAGUGACUGUUGGGUCAAAACACUAGUGGCAGUCCUUUAUUGUGUUUUUGCAUUUUGUGGGAUUUGAAAUAAGAAUUCACUGUGAUUAUGCUGUCUUCUAGCCAGUGUCAGGCACCUCUGCUUUAAUUUGGUUAUUUUUUUCCGAGGAGGGAAAGGAGACACAAUUUAAACUUUGCCUCCACAGCCUAUUAAAGCUCAUGUGUUAAUUCAUUCUUAUGUUACGACAUUAAAUGCCUUGAGUAAAUGGAUAGAUGGACGUAUGCUCAGCUUUAUUCUUUUGCAACAGAAAGAUGAGAUUUCAGAUGCCCUCUGGUGUUUUGGUAAAUCUAAAUGAAUGUUGCCUUUAAUUUUUCCAGCACAUACAUUACCAUGUAAUUCAUGCUGCACAUGAAAUCAGGAAGCAGUACAGUGUUGAUGCAAGAGUCUUGUCCAGUUCAUUUGUCUUCCUGAUCCCUGUACUUUAUUCCACGUGUCACUAUUUAUAUCACGUACGUGUGUUUUCUGUAAAAGAAAAAGUUAAAUAAAUCUUGGCAAUUUGA